AUGGUUACUGCCAGCACCCUGCUUAAACUCGGGCUUGCGUUCAGCACCGUGGUAAUCGUGCACUACGCCGCUAAGCUCUUGCACCGCGUCUUUCAUUCCUAUUUCUCUCCUCUACGCGAUUUGAAGGGGCCAAAGUCGACGAGCUUGUUUUAUGGGAACCUCAAAGAGAUAUUCACGGCAGAGGCGAUGGAUCUGCAUGAGCGUUGGAGAGAAGAAUAUGGGCCUGUGUACAAGUACAAGGGAUUCUUUAACAGCGACCGUCUCGUAAUGAUGGACAACAAAGCUACGAGCCAUAUCCUGUCUCAUCCCCAGAUUUAUGAGAAACCAGAGCAAGUUCGAUAUAAUUUGGGUCAGAUUUUAGGUCAAGGUUUGUCUAGUUCACGCUUGAGGUCUCCCACCGUAUGUAGUCCCGCGUUUGGGUCACCUCAGAUCCGUGAGCUCACAAGUAUCUUUCUUGAGAAGUCUAUUCAGCUGCGCGACCUCUGGUCUGCCGAAAUCCACAAGGCUUCUACCGUGAACGGCAAUGAAAGCGGGGAGAGGGUCAUCAUCGAUGUAUGCGACUGGCUGAGCAAGAUGACAUUAGAUGUGAUCGGACUUGCAGGCUUCAACUACAGCUUCAACGCGCUCAACUCACACGGUAAGCCAAACGAGCUCAAUGAGGCCGUUCGGACGAUGUUCCAUAGCCCUGGCGGUUUCGGUGCGGUGCUGCCUGUGUUGCAGGCAGUCUUCCCUCCCUUGAGAAUUUUUGUGAAUAAACGGGGUCGCAUUGUCGCAGCAGCACAGAAUACCAUGUUUCGCAUUGGGAGCCAGCUCCUCGCAGAGCGCAAAGCGUUUGUCUUUGCCGCCGCCAACGGACGAGCAGGAGGAAACGCCGGAGUAGAAAAGAAGAGCGUACAAGGGAGGGACUUGCUGAGCCUGCUCGUCAAGGCGAACAUGGCGACCGACUUGCCAGCUGAGGCACGCUUGGACGAUGCAGACGUGCUGGCGCAGGUACCCACGUUUCUUGUCGCUGGCCACGAAACAACUAGCACUGCUGUGACAUGGGCCCUAUUUGCCCUUUCGACACAUCCUGAAGCUCAAGCAAAACUUCGCGCUGAGCUGUUAUCCGUGCCGUCCGAGCCCAUGCCAACAAUGGAAGAACUCGACCGCCUACCUUACCUUGAUGCCGUGGUGCGGGAGACGAUGCGCUCCUUCUCCCCUGUGCCGAGCACGGUACGGGUGGCGAACCAAGACGAUAUCAUACCGACAGAGGCGCAGUGGGAAGAUAAAAAGGGCGUCUGGCGGCGGGAAGUGAGAGUGACCAAGGGUGACUCGAUAUUCGUUCCUAUCCUCGCUACGAACCGAUCUAAAGAGUUGUGGGGUGAAGACGCACGCGAAUUCAAGCCUGAGCGCUGGGACAACCCGCCAGAGGCUAUUCAGUCUAUACCCGGAAUCUGGGGAAACAGCCUAGCAUUUUCAGGGGGCAGCCGAGCCUGCAUAGGAUACCGCUUCUCGGUGAUCGAGAUGAAAGCAAUGAUCUUCGUCUUGAUUCGUGCUUUCCAGUUCGACAUGUCUGUCCCUCUCGAAGACAUCAAGUCCAAAUCAGCCGUUGUUCGUCGCCCUUAUCUAGCGAGUGACCCGGAGAAGGGUUCUCAAAUGCCGUUGUGGAUUUCUCCAGUCAGAACAGUCUGA